AUGUCUGGGCAACCACACCAGAGGGUUCGCCGAAAUGCGUCCCCUAUUCAGACUCAAAGACCUAUCAAGGCAGUGAUUCCGUUCUCGUUGAAAAGCAGUCCAACGAGAAAAAGCCCAGUCUCGUCGCCAACAGCAGGUCUAAUACUAACACGAAGAUCUCCAGAUAACAGAUCUUCACCAGAAAGAAAAUCGCCGAAUUCACCUAGUUUUAAAGUUGAGCGACCAAAGCCAGUAAAAGCCAGUCCUUCACUGCGGCGGACAGGCUCCCUAGAGGCAAUAUGUGGUCCUGCCUACCUCAAGGGACAAUGGCCCUCAGGAGAUCUCCUCUCAACCAGCCACUUCAUGGUGGAUAAAGGCACACAGACAGAGAUCCCUGAUGAGUUGGAGGUACAACACAGAGGGCAGAAAAGUAACAAGAAAAAGAGGAAGAGUCAUCGGAGAUCAGCGUCUUUUGGACAUGGGGACCAGCUCGCGUUGAUUCGACAGAGAUUACAGCGGUCCAAGGAGGGAAGUAAGCAACAGAAUGAGUUAUACAAACAGCCCGUCCCAGCGAAUCACUUGGCACUGUCCUCCACAGCCCCAGCAGUGUUACAGAGCUUCUCUCGAGCCUCCAAGCCACUUGGGAUCCCUUCCCAUGUCAUCCCCAAAACAAACAUCUCACGCAUGCAGCGAAACAGUGUUGAGGGCCUUAGCAUGGAGAUUGAGAAAUUGGUGCUGAAAGCACCCUACAUAGAGAUGGCACCUGAUGAUGAUCAGGUACAUGAUAUACCUGAUGGACACCGUGCGCCAGUAAAUGAUAUGCUGCUGUAUCGCGGUAGUGGAACACGUAGCGUGGACACACAGACCCCGUCUGGUUGUAUUGAUGAUACCGGCAGCACUGGCAGUCGUUCCCAGUCCAUCAGUCCUGCUAUGCCUAUCAUUCCUGGUGGUCACCUUGAUACAUCCCGUCCCUCAAGUAUCACUGAGUCGUCUCCACGUGACGGGGAUCGGCUGGAAAAAGUAGAGGGUGAGGGUUGUGAAUCCCCAGACAAUCUACUAAAAGUGGUGUCCAGCCCACGCCCCAACAAAUCCUACGCCUUUGUUAGGGAGCCUCCAGAUGGCUGUGAGAAGGUCAAGGUCAUAGAUGAGAAUGGGCGACCCCCGCAACCUUCUAUAAAGGCUCCACUUUACUACUGUCCCAUCAAGCCUUCUCAACUUGUGCUGAAACCCAGGGAGGAUUCUGCAUUCUGUCCACUCAGCAAAUGUUACAUCACACCAGAAAUCACAGUGAAAUCUCAGGCCACUGGGACCACGUAGAUGACCACCACUUGGCAGUGGUCGACUGCCAUUUCACCUCAAUGUUAAAUAUUUGUAAAAUGUACACAAGCGAUGAAUACUAGUGUUGGUAGGAGUU